AAGCAUCGCAGACAUCCAAGCAAUCUGGGCUGAGAGCUCCAGUAUCAAGCUCACAUUACCUUAAAUCUCGUUUGCAACCGCCUUUCACUCACACAUAGUCACACCUUACCCAAACUCUCAAGAUGAGUUGCCUCGCUACCUCUACCCGCUCUCUCUUGCCUCUGGGCCGCCGCCUCAUCACCAGCCGCGCUCGCCUUAGUACUGCCGCGCUUGGCUCUCUCGACAUUGGCAACAAUGGCAUGUCCAUGCCUCCCGGUUUUAACAUCGAUGUCGCCCGCCAACCCAACAAGCAGCCAAGGAUCCAACCAUCCAGCAAGAUCGCUGCCGUUGCCGGUAAGAUCCGUGCUCGCGAUGAUUUGGGCAAGACCAUGCCACCGGGCUUCGAGGCCCAAGUCGCCCACCUCGACACCUUUGAACUCCCAGAAAAAAUCACUGGAUCCGCCAGCGACCGCGCACUUGGCAAGGCCAUCAUUGACACCUGGCGUCGCGAAGGAAUUAUCCAAAUCGCUCAGAGUGAUCUGCAGAAGAAGCUUUGUAACGACGCUAAGGCCGCCAGCAAGCGCUUCUUCCGGAAGCCCGCGGCCGAGAAGGCGGCGUGUGUCGACUCGCAGAGCUACGCCGGUUACAUCGCAUCCGGCGAGGAGGUGACGGACGGCAUCGCUGACUACUCGGAGAUUUUCACCAUCACCAAGGAUCUCGACCUGGAGGAGCCGCGUGUCCGGGCAAAGUGGCCCUGCCACGGCCCUUGCCCCUGGCCCGAUGUGGAGAUGAAGGAGCCCAUGAUGAGAUACGUCGACAACCUCGGACUUGAGGGCGAGAAAAUUCUCCAGUUGGCCGAGUUCGGCUUGGGUGUAGCUCCCGGUACACUGACACAGUACACCCGUGAUGGUUGGCAUCAUACAAGGGUCCUUCGCUUCCCACCCCGCAACGCUACCAACGGAAAGGGCAAGGAAGGCCGUGGCAUCGGCUCGCACACGGACUACGGCCUUCUCGUCAUCGCCGCCCAGGACGACGUUGGCGGUCUCUUCAUCCGCCGCCCUCGGGACGACGAGAAGUUCGCAAACUGGCAGAAAUCUGCCGCCGGCCACAAGGAGGACGCAGACGGGUGGUUCUACAUCCCGCCCGUCGAGGGGGUGCACACGGUCAUCCUCGGCGACAUGAUGCAGUACCUCACCAACAACUACCUGACCGCGACACCGCACAAGGUGGGGCUCAACACGCGCGAGCGCUUCGUCAUGGCAUACUUCCAUGAGCCCUCGUUCCAGGCUGUCAUCAAGCCCAUCAACGAGGGUUGCAGUGGCAUGCGGACCGACUCCGAGCAGGCCGAGGAGGGCGUCCAUUACGGAACCCACUUCACCAACAUGUUCAUGCGCAACUAUCCAGAGCGCAUCACCACCAAGAGGCUGUUGGCGGAGAACCGGUACUCGAUGCUGUCGAAGCCGGAGUUGAGGACCAUGGAUGCCAUGCCCGAGCCUGAGCUCGAUUAAAGACUUUCACUUUUCCCCUUUUUUUCGUUUCACAACCCCGAAUUUCCUUUCGUUAUGUAUACAAAAGCAUUACCCGGGCGCUAUGUGGGGGAUAAGGAGUUCUAGGAAGGAAAGGCGGCUACAGCACAUGGCUUUGUUUCUUUCAUGUUUGACGAUACCAUUCUCCUAACGUUUGACUAUUUCAUGUUUUACUUGAUUUUGCUGCUUUUAAUAAUACGCAUACAAUACCUUACAAAGACAGACAGACCAGACGGGGGAAGAAAGGACGAAAGCAUCUUUUUGUUAUACAAGCAAGCGUCCGAAACCACUACACUACACUUUUUACAUACUACUUCUUUAAGUUGUUUUGAGAUGCCUAGCAAUAGGACAACGACAAGUGGGCAAGGAAACAAGAAGGAUUCACUUCAGGAGAGCAAUAUCCAAGGGGCUUAUCUACCUUUUUACUUCUGCACAAGUUUUAGCUCAAUCAAAAUCACUUCUACAAAGUUA